GAAGAAGAAGAAGAAGAAGAAGAAGAAGAAGAAAGAUGGCUAACGUUAGCUAAGCUAACGGCUGGAGGAAAAUGUUGCGCUCUUGAUCUUCCGUCGUGUUUCUCCUCCAGGGAGGUUCCGUGCGGACCGGACCGGACGACCAGCGGCAGUUAGUUCGGUUGCAGCGGGUUGGUCGAUCCGUUUCCUGGCUGUUGUGAGUGUUUGUCUCCUCCGGUCAGCUGUCCGUCAUCACGCCAGUGGCGGCCAUGACGGCUCCAGUCAACGUCCAGACUCCCAGUAAGAGCUGGGAACUGAGUCUGUACGAGCUGCACCGGAGCCCACAGGAGGCGAUCGUAGACGGGACCGAGGUGUCUGUGUCUCCUCGCUUGCUGCACAGUGAGCUGAUGUGUCCGAUCUGUCUGGACAUGUUGAAGAACACCAUGACGACUAAAGAGUGUCUCCACCGGUUCUGCUCCGACUGCAUCGUCACGGCGCUGCGAUCAGGGAACAAGGAGUGUCCGACCUGCAGAAAGAAGCUUGUGUCCAGACGCUCGCUGCGCCGCGACUCCAACUUCGACGCGCUGAUCUCCAAGAUCUACCCGAGCCGCGAGGAGUACGAGGCCCACCAGCGCCGCGUCCUGGACCGGCUCAACCGGCUGCACAACACGGAGGCGCUGAGCUCCAGCAUCGAGGAGGGGCUCCGGCAGCAGGCCCGGUACCGGUCCGAGAGGAGCCACCGGGCGAAGAAGCCUCAGGAGAGCGACAACACCACCUUCAGCGGAGGCGAAGACAACGGUGACGCCCGCUCGCACCUGUCCCACGACUCCGCCCCCUCCCAAGCGCCCCACCCGCCAUGCGGUCAGACGCCUUUGGAGGCGGGGCCGAGCCGCAAGAGGCCGCGGGCGUCAGAUGACGGCGGCUCGGGGCCCGAGGCGGCGGACAGCGGCAGCCCCACGCCACCGCAGCUGCGCCGCCACAAGGAAGGGCCAGGCUCGGAGAUCGAGCUGGUGUUCAGGCCACACCCACAGCUGGUCAACGGAAAGGACUACAAUCAGACCAGAUUUGUGAAGACGACGGCGAACGCCACCGUGGACCAUCUGUCCAAGUACCUCGCUCUGCGCAUCGCUCUGGAGGACCGACAGGCCAACGGGGAGGCGGAGCUUAGGGGGAGGGAGGAGGGGGGUGUGGGCCAGGAGGGGGGAGGGGGGGAGGGGUCGAGUCUGGGCGUGGUCAGUGAGAAACAGUACACUAUCUACAUCCUGACGAGAGGCGGACAGUUCUCUACGCUGAACGGUUCUCUGACUCUGGAGUUGGUCAACGAGAAGUUCUGGAAGGUCCGGAAGCCGCUGGAGCUUUACUACGCUCCCACCAAGGAGCAGCAGCAGCCGCCGCCGGCCCUGCCCCCCCCUCCACCCCAUAAGUCUCCUCCCCCUCCUCCUCCUCCUCCUCAGAGAGAGGGGUAAGGAGGACAUUGGGGGGAGACGGAAAGUCGAACGCCAUUUUCACAACGUCGUCGUUGUCACCUCUUUUGUUUUUAAUUUUAUUCUGUGAAACUGAUUCUCGUCUCUGAGUGACAGAAUUUCUGCUUCUUUUUUCAUUUAAAAAAACUUAUGACGUAAAAAUGAUGAAGAAAUGCACAAAUUAAAAAAUAUAUAUUUCCGGUGCAAAAAUAACAAAAAAGGUUUGAUUCCUACUUCCCACUUUAAUGGAUUUGUCUCAACUCAGCUGCAAAAACAAUUUUAAUAAUAAGUGAAGGAAAUUCACUUUCACUUUCCUCCACUGUAAAAGAUGAAGGUGAUUGUGAGGCUUCAGGUCAACAGAUGGUUAUAAAGACUCAUAUGAUUUAAUAUUAAUGUUUUAAGACUUGAUCUGAAUUUAACGUCUGACUUUAUGAAAUCUGUGUAAUUUAAUUUCUAGUGUAGGAUCACUCAGUAGAUCAUAUCAUCAGCCUCCAACAACUUCUCACGUCUCUUCAUCUUCAUCAUCAUCAUCAUCACAUCCACCAGAUCAACACUCUGAGAAUCAGUCAAUGUGUCUGAUGGUUUCAUGAAUUAUUCUGUUGAUAAAAAACCUUCUGUCUCACAAUGUUCAAGAAAGAAGCUCCGCCCCCCUUGUCCACAUCCAUGUUCCAUCAGAACGACAGAUACAGACAGACAGGUAGACAGACAGGUAAACAGACAGACAGGUGAAAACGGCGGAGAUAUAACAUGACUGAAGCUCUCUGCUGUCAGUUAGAGGUCACGGACGGGGUCGGGGUCAUGUUCGACCGGCUCGUUUCAGUUUGACCUCUAACACUUCAUUCGGAACUUUUCCCAUCAUGCACUGUGGCCAGACACGCUAGAGAUGAGCACAUGGUCUUUUAUGAAUUUGUGGUUACCGUGGUAACUUCAGGUUUCCAGUCCAGUUUCGAGGUGGGGUUCACUUGUUGCAGUGGUAAAUUGCCAUACUGAGGCUGAACUGCUGACCCUAACCCAAAACUACCGCCCAAUCAGAUCACUGGAAAAACCAGGAGCGUUGUUGUACAGGAGCUGUACAGAAAAGAGUUGAGUGAAGUGAAGAUAUUUUUAUAGAUGAGUGGAAUCACUUCACACACACACACACACACACACAAACACACCCACACACUAAAAUCUGUCCUCAGGUAAUUUUCACCGUUUGACCACAAGUCGUGUAAAGAUGGACGACGACGCGUCCUUUCUCACUGUCGUCGUCCAUCUUUAUUUAUUUACAGUCUGACGAUAACGUGUAAGAAACAGCAAAAAUAAUCUUUAUUCCUUUUUAAUAACUGACGAACAUUCCUGCUGUAUUUUACUAUGAUGUCAAACACGUUUGUUUCAUCUUUUAAUUUUUUUUAUCACUUAAUGUUCAAAAACCCAACUUGUUUAUUGCAGACGUCUUCAAACCUCGAGGUAAUAAUCUCUAUGGAUUAUUAAUCUCUAUUCAGGAUGAUGAAAUUUUUCCCCCCUUUGUUCUGUUGCAUCGUUGUUCACUUGUUUCCUUCUGUCAGAAGCUGCAGCUCAAUAAACUGAAUUAAUAACGA